UCUCUUGCAGUCCUCAUCGUUGGAGCCUAGCAGCCGUCGGCACAAGAAGAAGAAGAAGAAUGUCUCACAGGAAGUUUGAGCACCCAAGACAUGGUUCUCUUGGUUUCCUUCCAAGGAAGAGAGCUAACCGUCACAGAGGAAAGGUGAAGGCUUUCCCUAAGGAUGACCAAACCAAGCCUUGCAAGUUCACAGCUUUCAUGGGUUACAAAGCUGGUAUGACUCACAUUGUCAGAGAAGUCGAGAAACCUGGAUCUAAGCUUCACAAGAAGGAGACAUGUGAGGCUGUUACCAUCAUUGAGACACCUGCUAUGGUGGUUGUUGGAGUUGUCGCCUAUGUGAAGACACCAAGAGGUUUGAGGUCUUUGAACACUGUCUGGGCACAGCAUUUGAGUGAGGAGGUUAGGAGAAGGUUCUACAAGAACUGGGCUAAGUCUAAGAAGAAGGCUUUCACUGGGUACGCUAAGCAGUAUGAAAGUGAGGAGGGCAAGAAGGGCAUUCAGGCUCAGCUUGAGAAGAUGAAGAAAUACGCAACUGUCAUCCGUGUUUUGGCCCACACUCAGAUCAGGAAGAUGAAGGGAUUGAAGCAGAAGAAGGCUCACAUGAUGGAGAUCCAGAUCAAUGGUGGUACCAUUGCCCAGAAAGUUGACUUUGCCUACAGUUUCUUUGAGAAGCAGAUCCCGAUUGAAGCUGUCUUCCAGAAGGAUGAAAUGAUUGACAUCAUUGGUGUAACCAAGGGUAAGGGUUACGAAGGUGUUGUUACCCGUUGGGGUGUUACCCGUCUUCCUCGUAAGACUCACAGGGGUCUGCGUAAGGUUGCUUGUAUCGGUGCGUGGCAUCCUGCUAGAGUGUCUUACACUGUUGCUAGGGCUGGUCAGAACGGUUACCAUCACCGUACUGAGCUGAACAAGAAGAUUUACAGGUUGGGCAAGGUUGGUACUGAGGCACAUUCAGCCAUGACUGAAUAUGACAGGACUGAGAAGGAUGUGACUCCAAUGGGAGGAUUCCCACACUACGGUGUGGUGAAGGAUGAUUACUUGAUGAUUAAGGGAUGCUGUGUUGGCCCCAAGAAGAGAGUUGUAACUCUCAGACAGUCACUACUCACCCAGACUUCCCGUCUCGCCUUGGAGGAGAUCAAACUCAAGUUCAUUGACACUGCCUCCAACGGGGGACAUGGUCGCUUCCAGACCACCCUGGAGAAGAUGAGGUUUUACGGUCGUACCAAGAAUUAAGAGUUGUUUUAUCACAAUUCUUCUUAGAAAGUUUUAUGUUUUGGUUAUCUGUUGCUACUUGUCUCAGAGAGAUGUUAUCCUUAAAACAAUGCUAUGCAGUUUUCUUUUGUUUUAGUUUGUUACUAUUUUGGAAGACAAAUGAUUUGCUUCUCAAGUUUUGAGACUUUGAUGUGUUUAUCAUUUAUGAAAACCAACCAGGAGCAUAUAGUCUUUA